AUGAAUACUAGCUACGAAGAAGAAUACAAAGCAGCGAUGUUUGCUUGCGAGCAGGCGCAGGCGAGCGCCAUGAAUCUUGCUGCAAAACUAGAGCUCCUUCGCGCCCAGAACAUCGAGCUGCGCAAAUUGAUCCUGGAAGAAACCGAGAAGGGCGAGAAGAUUGUCAAUGAUAUUUUGAAUCUCAAGCUAAUUACCGGUGUUUUUCUAAGCGAGCUUUCUGAAGCAAACAUGUCUUGGAACGACCGAAUGCGCGUGUACGAUCCAGCGACCCGCCCGCAAUAUCCAUUGCCUAAAAUCGGCCGACCUAUAGUCUCUUAA